CUUAUUUGUGUUGGCGAGGUAAACAAUCCACGGGGAGAUCGGUGACCACUGGCCAGUGGCAUUGAGCACCUUUUGUCCCAUCCACGCAAACAAGAGACAUUAAGGAAUUUGAGAACGAAAGAAUGGCAUCUUCUGCAGGCUUUGAAGAGAGCAUUAACAGCUUUACCCACUCUAAGACAGGGGAAAGAAUCUACUUAGACCUUGCUACAGAGAAUGUGAUUAACGUGAGGCCACUGUGUAAAAGAGGCUCUAUCCCCCUUGGUGCUUUGUGGGUGCAUGUUCUUCAGCAUGCCAAUAAUUAUCCGUUUGGAAGAAUGGCCUGUUGAGGCCUUAGAAAGAGCGGCAAAAGUGAUGGAAGCCGGCAAGGGGCACAGUGAGAUUGUCUACGAGCCUGUGAACCCCUCAGAGUUCUUGAAGGGAGAGGAUCUUGAAACUGUCAGUCCUCUUUCAGAUCUGCUGAGCUCGGAGGACACCCUUGACCAGUUGGAGCGUCUCCGCGAUGGGCGUGUCAUUCAGGGCAGCGUACUCUACAGACUAUGGCGCUCCGCCUUCGACGUCUGGUUCUCCGACAAAGACGCUCGGGUGUUUGUGGUGACUCCACACAUCGACGUCGAUCGACUCACUGACUUGUGCAUGCUUUUCUUGACUCACAAACUGGAAGCCUCUCUUGUCUCUCUCUCUCUCUCUCUCACUCACAUGAGGGGCCGGUUCGCGGAAGUGAGAAGCAAAGCUAUCAAACGUUUCCCAGCGAGAGACCAAGUGUACAUUGAGUACAAGAUCUACAACAGUAUUGUCUACCCAGUUAUGGAUUUCACCACAAGUUUUAUAGCGAUGGUGAAGGAAGGAAGAGCUCAUAUCUUACAGACCAACACAGCAUUUGACAGAGAAAGUUUCAUCACCACAGCCUCGGCCACCGUCCAGUACAUAGAGAUAGACGAAGGACAGUUCGUGUCUGCCUACCUGGAUCCCAUCCUGCUUUGAUCUCCGCAAGAGCUUUGUCAACUUCCUGCAUUUAGAUACAAGUGUGUCUAGCAUUAAAUGUGUGCCCUAAGAGUUUUUAUUUAGUAUCAUGUAGCAAUAUUUGAAUAGUAUUAGUACUGUUUUUUUCAUGAUUUCUCGAUGAUGCUCGUGUGGUUUUUCAUUCUGAAGAUACAGCCCACCGGCAUUUAUGCGGUGUGGUGGUAAGGCUCUUAGCCAGUACAUGCGAAAGACAUUACUUCUCUUCCCUUGUUGGGAAUUUUUUAGUCCAGGAUUUCUGUCUCUCUUCAGCGAUGCCAUAUCCUGUCCCCGUCGUUUUAUGCAAGAAAAAUUCUGAAAUUAUGCAAACU